AUGCGAUGCCUAAAGGCCAAUCGACUCUGCGAGGGAUACGACGACCAAGGCGCUCUGGUAGCGCCGCCCAAGAAAUCUCGGGGCCUGGCGCGGCUCGCCCCUCGUCCGGGGGCGGGAAGCGCCCCUCAAGAUGCCGACGUUCGCAUCCUGAUUAGCCCAGACCCGGAAGCGGCCCUGUUCACCGAUCAGAGGCAAUGGGACGCGUUCCAGCUCUUCGUCCUCAACCACGAGCAGGGCGACACCAUUUUGAGGGACGGCUUGGGGGUCAUGAUGCUGCAGUGCUCCUACUCGGAGACGUCCCUCCGCGAGGUCUGCAGCGGCAUCGGGGCCCUGCUCAGGGCACUCGGCCACCACAUCUUCGACGAGGAGCCGAUGAACGCCGACUUCAGCCAGGCCCUGGUGCACUACAGCCGGGCCGCCAAAGCCGUCGUCAGCGCCGGCACGGCGGCCGACAACCUGCCGAGCGUCAUCCUGACGUCGUUCCUGUUCAUCACCUUUGACAUGAUCGCCGGCAACAUCGCGUCCGCCCUCAAGCACCACAACCACGCCGUCGCCAUGAUGGAGCAGCACAUCGACGUCCGAGUCGAGCGCGAGAGGGUGCCGCUCGAAAGGCUCCGCUUCUCCCGGCUCGAGACGAGCAUGUACGAGUGGCUGCUGCGGCACGACACCCACCCCUGGGCCAUCGGCUUCGACGGCUGCGACGGCCCGGACUACCUGCGCAUCAUCGCCCCGGCGCGGAGGUUCCCGCACUGCCGCCAUAGGCACACGAUGCGGGACAUCCCCGAGGCCUUCGACACCAUCGCCCAGGCCAUGUCCUGGUGGUACGUCGCCCAGCACUCCAUGCUGCACUGCCUGCACGAGAUCAAGAUCAAGACCAAGACCAAGGCCAAGGCCAUGGAGGAUGAAGACGAGGAGGACGAGAGCGGCGCGGCGUCGUCCCUCUGGGGAGAAUGCGUCGCGAUCCUGCAGUCCUGGCGCGCGAGCUUCGCUCCUCUACUGCAGGCCGCCAGACGGAACUGCGACCGCAGCUACCGCCGCUGGUUCAAGGCCAUGACGCUCGAGACGCUCUACGUCGAGACGCUCUCGGCCGUCCACGAGCGGUGGCCCGGGAACAGGAGCACCGACGUCCCCGUCCCCCCCGCUGCCGUUGCCGCGUCGCCGCUGCACCUGGAGAUGAUCCGGCACGCCGUGCGGCUGGCCGAGGCGCGCGGGCCGUUCGACGGGGUGAAGACGCUGGUGGAGGAGAACGACCUCGUCAGGCCGCUGGCGUGCGUGCAGUUCAAGACGCGGGACCCGGUCGUCGUGCGAGAGCUGACGGGCGCGCUGCGGCGGCUCGGCGGCGGCUCGGGCAUCGCCGAGAGCUUGCUAUACAUGCGCGAGUUCCGGGGGCAGGGCCGGCCGCUGAAGGGGCUGGAGAGGGGCUGGGGCCUCGCCAUGACCUCGGCGGGGAUGACCAUGGGCGCCGAGUUGCUCGAUUACCUGGACUGA